AUGCCCAACGAAUCUAUAGUCAAUUCAGGUGAAGUUGUCUUUCUGCAGGCUAGUGUUGAUCAGAAGCCAUCACCAACAGCACCAUCAUCAUCAAAUGCUAAUUUUCUCACUAACAUCAGGUCCAGGCUGCCGUCACGGUCCAUUUCGCCCUAUGCAUAUAGAACUCGAUUUGAUGAUAGACAGACCACUUCAUAUUCCGGCGACAAUAAUGCUAUAAUCAGAGAAACAGCUAGAUCGGAAUUAAUUACGCGGCAUCAAUUACAAAAUGUUCAUCAAGAUCAAAGUCGUCGAGGCAGAAGUAGAUCUCGAGAAAAGAAAAAAGUUGAUACGAAACCACAUGUUAUCAGUCUAAUGGGGUUUGACACUACAACAACUUCCAAGAAGAAAUAG